AGUAGUUAAUUUUAAUCAAAAAGGAAGUAUGAAUAGUCAAAUAAUAUGGAUCCAUUUAAAAUUUAAUCCAUCAGAAAUCUUAUUUUGUAUGAUUAUCCUCUUCUCCAAAGAGUGUAAUAGCAGAGAAGUGGUAAUACAUAAAAAAUAGAAUAAGGUGGAUAACUUGAGGUGUACUUUGAUUGAAUGGAGAGAGUGGAGUUAAGGAUAAUGCUGUAUUUCAGAGAUUUGACGAAGCAAAAUUCAAAGUGAGAAUUAUGAAUGAAGUUAGUUAUUUUAAUGAGGAUUCAGUUGAUGAGUGUGUAAGGUUGUAAUUUCUGAGGAGAGACAUUUAGGAUUGUGAAAAG